AUGCUUUUCGGAUCGCCCGCCUCGCUCAGAAAGGCCAAUGAAAGUUUUAACGAGUCUUUCGGUGAUAAGGUUAGUUUUUAUGCAGUUUUUUAACUAGAUGACAUUUUAAAUUUAAAAUUAGCUAAAGCAGCGGCGAAAAUAGCGUAAGCGCUAUUUUUGAAUUCUGAAUAUCAUUGUUCCAUUCUAUGCUCUAAAAUUGUGCAAUUUUCAGAAUACGCUCUCACCGACGACACUUUUCCGUUGUCUCCAGAAAGAGCACGAUCAGAUUUCGUCGAUUUUGCGCUUCCAACCGCCCACGCCUUCACAAUAUCAGAAUUCGUUGAUUGAGUGCGUGUUUCGUUGGAAUUUUCGGACAAUGUUGAAUUUUUUCAGAUUAAUUUCUCUGUUCGAACGCGCCGAAGAGCAAUCGACGAUCGCAUUUCAGAAGCUCAUCGUUUCCGUUUUUCUGAAACUUUGUGCGAAUAUUUUGAACGCACUGGCCAAGGUUUCUAAACAACAAUUAAAAAAAAAACAACCGAGUCUUGCACUGUCUCAAAAACCAACACAUUAUUUACAUGCAUUUUGAAAACAUUGAAAACAAUCAAUUUUCUAAUUUUAUUACGAAAAUCCUUCAGCCGAAACACCAGCCACUUCUCUACAAACUGUCCCAAUUGAUAGCCGAUUCGAUUGUGCCGGAUUUAGGCCCCGAAAAUGAGAUUGAAGAGAAAACGAUGAAAAAGUGGGCGGAUCGAGUCGUGAUUGGUCCGUUUUAUCAAAAAUUUUCCACUUUUUACACCGGAACUUUGCAGAAUCCUCCAUUCAUCUUCUCGACUUUACCAACUAUCAACUGGAUAUCGAAUUUGUGAGAGAACAAUUCGUUCUAAAUUAAAUAAAUGUUUGCAAAAAUUGCAGAGCAUUGACAGUAUUGUGGACGAUAUGGGUUUGGCGAACGGACGAUUCCAAUUUGUGAAAUCGUCGAUUUUUGAGUCAGUUUUUCAAUAGCCUAGGAAAUUUACAAAGAAAAUAAGGAGAGACCUAAUAACGGUAAAAAUCGAUUUAAAAAUGCCAAAAAUUAUGGUGGUCGGGUAUAUUUUUUUUUAAAAACAUUUUCAGAGCCGCCCGCGACAUUAUCUCCGAAAUGCCGUCCACCGAACUUCACGUUCACCCGGAAACUAGAUUUGCGCCCGAAAAUUUGGCCGAUGAACCAUAUCUGCGCCUCAUUUUGUGGCUUUUCAUCCGUCAAAAACCGCUGUUCACUGGUACAUAUUUAGGGUUUUUCCUCUUCUAAUUUUAAGAUGUUUUCUAAUUUCAGACGACUUCCUUCGCUCGCUAUUUCCGACGUUGUCCGACACGCCGAGCGCACAGGACAUUGUGAAAAGUCCGUGUUCUUUGCUGGAUGUGAAGGUAAAAAAGAAGAUGUCUUUUAAAUGUUUUUCGAGUUCAAAACACUGAUUCAUCGAUGUAAAAACGAGGAAAACAUCCGCUGAAUUUCAGUUGUACGUGGUGUCGCUUUCUGUGGUCGCCGCCACGACCACAGACUCCGGAAUAACGUUCAAAAGUGCUCCGACCGUUUCUGCGCAUUUAUCGCUGACGAAACAUCAGAAGGACUGCUGGAGAGCCGUUGUCGACGCUAGUGCCGGGUUGGUUUUCGGGAAAAAAAACAUUUUUGAGCAAAAUGACCGUUGCGGAAGUCUUUGCAGUCGUGCCCCGACAGCUUUAUCCCGCCUACGCACCGCCCAACUGCUCGACUCGGUCCGGCUCACUUCGGACGGAUCGGAAGACGUGCGCGUACUCUUCGAGGCCUGGAAAUGCUGUCUUCAACCGUCGGCGGCGCACGAUAAACACGUCUCCGAGGCGAUCAAGGUGCUCACCGAGAAGUACCGCACCAAAAUGAACAAUCUUCUCGCCUACGGGUUCGUCUUUCCCUUGUUCGUGCUCCAACAAUUUUUCCAUAACUCUGCGAUAAUUUUUUCCGUUGAUUGAAUGAUGCAAAAACGUUCACAAAACUACCUUUUAAUACAAUGCUUGCAGACCGUUCUACUCGACCGAUCCGUCCUCGUUCGUGAAAUCGACGUCUUCUGGCUCGAGAAGAGAUUUGAAGACGUUGUUCCCGCUGCAGUUCGACUAUGAAUUUGUGGACACCACCGAGGCCGGACACAUAGGCGUCGUCAUCAACAGUUUGUACGUGAAAAAUAAACAGUUUUUCUGUCAAAGUUUCAAAAUUUGAAGAGAAGGCUACCAUUCGGUCCAGAAUGCGGACGAAGACUCGGACGAGGAGGACGGCGAGCUGGAAGUGGGCGGAGACUCGGACAACACGACGUUCCACAGCUUCCGAUCGGACAACCUGUGCUCGUCGGCCGACAAUUCGCAAUUCUUCUCCCCCCUGAAACACAACCGUCAAUCGAUGUGUCCGUCGGCCAUUUCGCAACUGAUUCGCGACGAAUCCGCCGCCAAUUCUUCUCACUUCUCAACUCAAUCGCUCAUUUUGACGCCGACGCGCAAGGGACCGAAGUCGCCCGGAGUGCAGAGGGUGCCAAUGCUCACUUUCGAACGUACGGACGAGUUUUGGAAAUGUUUAAAAUAUUUUUAGAACAAUCUAACAAAAUUUGAACGUUUCAAGCCUUUUUCACAGUUCCAGGUCUGCAAAAUGUGAGCGUCGUGAAUGAUCAGUCGAAAAAAGAGGAAGAGGAAGUUGAGGAUGAAUCGGAGGACGAACUCGAAAAGGCACUGCUCGAAUCGAGCCGGAAAUACGAGGAGAAGAUGUUGAAACAGUCGCCCGCCUUUCCGAUCGUUUCCGCCAAAACGAGCACUCCCAUGAAGGUUCGUUUUGACACUUCAACUUGGCAAUUUGAACAUUAUAUCGAUUUUGUCGUUUUGGAUUCGAAAGUUUCAAGGUUCUUACCUUGAAUAGAGAUUAAAAAAACCAGCGCAUACUUUACAGUUGAAUAACUAUUAUUUUGAACUUGAAACUGCAAAAAAUUGCCAAUAAAAGUAAACUUGUACAACGCUCCCCUCAAAGAUUCAGGAUGCCCAAACGGACACGGACGACGUGAUUUCAUCGGAAGAGAGUUCGAUUGUGAGCGUGAGAUACACUCCGCGCCGUCCGGUAGAGAAAGAAGCGGAAAUUGUGGCUGAAACGGAGGAAGAGGAAGAAGAAUACGAAAGUGAAGAAGAAUCGGAAGAAGAAGAGGAGGAUGACGAAAUGCUGAACGAAUCGGAAACGGAGGCGAUGAUGGAGCAGAUUCUCGAGGGAAUCACUGGAAUAUUCAGAGAUCACCGCAUGAAACAGUUCGGCAUUCAGGAGCAGAAGGUGAGCGGUGUUUGAGAGCAAAAUAGGAUUUUAGUGAUUAUUUUAGUGGUUUUAAUGAAUUUUAGUGAUGCUUUUAGUGACUUUAAUCUUUGCGUGUGUAUUCAUGCUAAUACAACCCUUUUACAACGAAAAUUGUACUUAGUUGAAAAAAAAUUCUAUUGUGCUGGCUAUCAUUUUACAAAAUUUCAGAUAGCGACCGAAAAUGUUACGGAUAGUGAAAUGCUGGCCAAAGCAGAAGAGAAACUGUCAAAGUACGUUUUUCUUUAAAUAUAUCUUGGUGAAAGGAACGAAGAAUACAAUUUCUGAAACGCAAUUUCUCUUUGCAGAAUAUCGUGUAACAUGCAGGAGACAAUGAAGCGAUUGGAGGCAUUACAGAAAGGUUGUUAAAACUUUACAUGUUUUUUCAUCAGUUUUUCUCAGGGCUGAGCAAUUGGCCGGCUCUUGUUUUUCUCGUAUUUUUUGUGCUCCAAAAAUAGUGUCAAGUUUGUUCUAAUUAGGAAACAAUUUCAGUGACCACCUACACGACGUUCAUCCCAAAAAUACCAUCGGAAUCGCUCAAAUCGGCAGUGAAAAGAGAGGAGCACAAUCCAAAAAAAUGCCUUGGAUGUCAGGUACGCUUUGAAUUUGACAAUUUAAAAGGAAACAUGUAUUUUAGGACGAUGAAAUCCAAGAGGCAGCUCUGCGUUGUCUGGAACAGUUGGCUCUCGACUGGGACGCCGAAGGCAACGAUUAUUUGUACGAAUAG